AUGCGCCCCAUCAAAAGCCGCACUUGCAGCCACGUCUUCAAUGUCAUUCACACGUGUCAACAUCUCAAUAACCACCUAUCUCACACUCCCAGGUGGUUUUUGGCUUUUUGUUCCCUCUUUCCUUCAUCAGCACACCACCAGACACCAGUACUGGUAAUAGCGUCCAUUGUCGUCAUGGAUGGACUCAAAAACAGAAAUCUCGUCCUCUUCAUCUUCCUCCUCAACGCUUUCUUUGUUCUUGGAUAUGAUGGAGGAAGACAGGGCAUGGAGGAUCAUGAACAACCACACAAACUCCUCUCUAUAUUUAACAUGCUAAGGACUGCAACUUCCACAUACUGUGACAGAGUCAAAGCUUUGGUUAAUCAAGCUCAUGCCCACUUCUUUCCUCCAAGUCUCGAUUUUAGAAGCAGGGAUGAGGGUAAGGAGGAUGGAGGAGGAGGUGGCAGGACGAUGGAGAAGGUGGGAGAAGCUCUUGCAAGUAGUUUGGGUAAGAGCGAACAAACUAUGGAAGUUUCUGCCAGAACAGCUGCGACAAUUGCAGGUAAAACCGUGGAAAAAAUAAAAGACAAAGUGAAGAAGACUCUCUCCAAGAGAAGCCCACAGCCUGAACCAGAACUUUGAUUUUCGAUUCCCUUUUGAUUUUACGUCUGCAAAUGUACCCCUCUGUAAUAUACUAUAAAUUACCUAGACAAAGUCUCGUUGAGCA